UCUGGUACUAAUGGUUGUGAUUGAACCGUUUCUUCGCUGUGCCGCUGCAGCUGGUGGCGUGGUCCCCCGAACGAGAAUGGCCACACCUGCAGCUGGAAAUGAAUCCUUGGUGAUACUCACGAGCUGCUUUCCCAGCGUAAUACUCAGUGCUUCCAACAUCUCAUACACCUGCGAAGUUAACGAUGCCCAAACGCUGAUUGAUUUGGAGCUCUCCGCUUCGUACUACAACCCAGCAGGUCUCAAUCCUGGAUGGCCGGCGACUCUGGACGAGGAAACCAAUGCCAUUACAUUCAUGCCUAUUUGGGGGGCACCUUCAGGACGUUGGGAAUUGGUCAUUACAACGUUUUCUGACGUUGAAGUAACAAACGUUCCUCUGACGACCAAUAAGAGCAUGAACUUCAUGGACAUCCGUGCGACCCGUGCGGAUUUUGCUACACUCUAUCCGUAUUACGGUAUGGGUGUCUCGUGGGAACCCAAUCUCCCGAGCGGCACCGCGGCUUCCGAUUACAUGCUGGUGCGCUCUUUCGAUGGCUGCCAGUACACUACA